AUGGCAAAUGAAACAUCAAUUUCAGAAUUCCAGCUCCUUGAAUUCUCAGUGAUACGGGAACAGCAGAUCCUUCACUUCUUUUUAUUCCUGACAUUGUAUUUGUUAACAGUCACAGGAAAUCUUCUUAUAAUCUCUGCAGUGGCUUUGGACCGCCACCUGCACACACCAAUGUACUUCUUUCUCAUAAACCUGGCCAUCCAGGACCUUGGCUCGGUUUCAGCCAUUAUCCCCAAAUCCAUGGUCAAUUCACUCAUGAAUACCAGAGACAUUUCUUAUUCUGAAUGUGUAGUUCAAGUUUUCUUUUUCGUGUUCUUUGUAGGAUCUGAUUUUUUACUCCUCACUGUCAUGGCAUAUGACCGGUAUGUUGCCAUUUGUAAUCCCUUACAUUAUGAAAUAGUGAUGAAUUGGCAAGCCUGUUCCCAAAUGGUGGCCACUGUAUGGAUCAUUGGCUUUCUCUAUGGAGCACUGCACACUAGUGGCACCUUUGCAGCUACUUUCUGCUCCAAUAUUGUCAAUCAGUUCUAUUGUGAAAUCCCACAGUUGCUUAAGAUCUCAUGCUCUGACACAUAUCUAAUUGAAGUUGGUGCUCUUACAGUCAGUGUAAUUGUGGAGUUUGGUUGUUUUGUCUUCAUCAUUGUAACAUAUGUGUUGAUUUUUUCUACAGUGCUGAGAAUGCCCUCUAUCCAAGGAAGGCAAAAGGCCUUCUCCACUUGCCUUCCACAUCUCAUUGUUUUCUCUACAUUUAUAGUCACUGGGUGGUUUGCUUACCUGAGGCCUCCAUCUAAAACAUCCUCUGACCUGGAUUUGGCAUUAACUAUGAUCUAUACUUUUGUCCCACCCAUGAUGAAUCCCAUUAUUUAUAGCAUGAGGAACAAGGAUAUCAAGGUUGCCCUGUCAAAGCUAUUUGUUCAGUUGUGCUCUUCUGAGAAAACCUUACCUAGUAUUUUUAUCUAA